UUCCGUCUCACUCCUCUCCUCUCCUUCCUUUCCUCUUUUUCUACUCCUCUCAUUAUUCUCUCCUCCAAUGUUUUUUCCUUUUUUUUUUUAUCUCAAUAAUUUCUCUCUCUUAUUUUGAUUUUUAAUCUUCUAUCAUUCUCUUCUCGCUGGUUGUUAACUCGCUGGUGGUCUCUGUAGCUAUGGCGUUCCGAGGAGGGGGAAAUGCCUCUUCUGGCAUGGGGGUUGCUGAGCAUAGUGUAAGCACAUACUUGGAACUGCAGAGGAAGAAAGUUCACCGCUACGUCAUUUUUAAGAUUGAUGAGAAAAAGAAAGAAGUUGUGGUUGAGAAGACAGGGGGCCCUGCUGAGAGCUAUGAUGAUUUCACUGCUUCCUUACCUGAGAAUGAUUGCCGAUAUGCCGUCUAUGACUUCGAUUUUGUAACUUCUGAGAACUGUCAAAAGAGCAAAAUCUUUUUUAUCGCAUGUGAUUUUGCUCUAUUGACCAACCGUUCUGUUCCCCUCGUGUUUCAGACCCUUUUGUUUGGGAGGGCGUGGUUUAUUACUUGCAGAUGGCAAGUUAAUCUCAUGAUGGAAUAUUUUGGUGCAAGCUUCCAUGCAUGUUGGCAAUGGCAUAAUUUUAUGUUUAAACCAGAGCAGGUCUCCUUCUGUAUCCCGAAUUCGUGCAAAAAUGCUGUAUGCAACAUCCAAGGACAGGUUCAGACGGGAGCUGGAGGGUAUCCAUUAUGAGAUUCAGGCAACAGACCCUACAGAGAUGGAUCUUGAAGUCCUCAGGGACCGUGCAAACUGAGAAUAACUUCGCUUUAAAGGCUUUCUAGAUGAUGUCCUUAGGAUAUUUCUGAAAAGACCUGAAGGAAUGCCUCUUUACUCGGCUAAUUCCUUGAACUUUUAGUUUACUGUGUUCUCUGUUUGUUUUUAAUGCAUUAAUGAAUAGCUUACGUAUCAAGUAAAUAACCUACACCUGUGAAGGCUGAUUAGGGGCUCCUGGGCCUACUAACCCCACAGCUGGGGAAUGGGAGCUCUUCCUUACUGUGAUGCUUCUCAGGUGCACAUUCGUAUUUUGAAUAUUGAAAAUUUGACUUUUAUUCUAUGGAAUCAAUGUUACGUUGAUGAA